CUAGCACUAACUUCCUGAUCCCGUUUCCCUUCGCAUGCCCAAGCACGAGCACCCCGACCCGACCCGACCCGAUGCGAGCCGAUGAAGCAUGAGGAGACUCCUGCCGCGUUUCCCGUUUCCGUCGCUCGUGCUUCCCGCGCCGCGCUGCUCUCCGCCUACUGCUCAUGCCGCUAAACCCAAACCUCUCGCGUCAUUUAACUCGCCUCUUAGGACUUCCCGACCGCCAUCCGCGCGCGGCCUUUGCGCGCUUCUGACCACUCCGUCGCCUGCGUCCGUAGCACUUGCUAACAGGGUGUUUAUUUCGCGUCCUUUCCAUCUAGGAACUUCCGCCGCCUUUUCCCCCCAAGCCCGCUGCGGCUUCCCCCGCCUUCCGCGUGUUCCCCCGCGUCAUCCCCCCUCUCCUUCCGCCACAUUUUGCGCGAACGGCUCUAACGCCCAGCCGCGUCGUCAUUGCAGGCUGCCUAUUGUUUCUACCUCCUUUCAUCGCAUCCUCACUUCUCCGUCGAAUCGCGCGUCUAGGCCCUUCGCCACGUGGACUGCCGGCUCCACAUCCCGUCAGUUCGACAUAUCUCCGUCCAUCUUUCCACGCUUCGUCUCGCCAAACAGCGCAGCGUACAUUCCGCGCCCCUCCCCGCGCGCCUUAUCUAGCGAGUCCUCCGAGCCGCCGCGCGAGUUAGCCUGCGGCGCGGGGGAGAAGGCGGCGGAAAGAGUAUCGACAAGGGAGGAGGAAGCGGGGGUGCCAGGGUGGGUACCUGACGGAAGUAGGCUGUGCGAUUCGAUUAUAGGCGCCGCCGAUUCGGCCGUUGAAUCCGAUUCAGCGAUAGAGUCCGAUUUGGGCCCAACGCAAGGCGCGCUCGUGGCUGCGGAAAGCGCGCCGGAAAUCGCGCCGGAAAUCGCGGCGAAAAUCUCGGCAGAGAGCGCGGCGGGGUCGGUGCUAGUGGAGAUGGACGUGGUGCGCGGAAACUUCGAGGAAGGUCUGGCGGCGUUCGAGGCGGCUUUAAAAACGUGCGACCUGGUGGCGUUCGACGGCGAGUUCACGGGGCUCCACGUCAGCAACACCAGCAACUACGGGCUGCAGGUGCUGGACUCGCCCCAGCAGAGAUACGAGCGGGUGCGGGAGGGUGCGAAGAGCUUCUUCACCAUGCAGCUGGGGUUCAGCACGCUGACGUGGGAUGCGGGUAGUGCGCGGUACAGCGCGCACACGUUCAACUUCAACAUCUUCCCGCGCCCCUUCCCUGGCUUCGACCUGCGCUUCCUCUGCCAGUCGUCAUCGCUGGACUUCUUGGCGAACAACAACUUUGACUUCAACAAGUUCGUCUAUCAAGGCAUUCCUUUCCUGCCAGUGGACAAGGCGGAGAGGGAGAGGCGGCGCCUCAGAGCGUCCUUCAAAUUCAACAAGGGAGCAGCAGCAGAGGGAGCGGGCAGGGAGGGCAGCAGCAGCCGGCAGCAGCAGCAGCAGCAGCGCCCGCCCAUAGUGCUGUCGCGGCCCGAGGACCGGCUGGUGGUGGGGCAGAUAGUGGACGACGUUCGCGCAUGGGUGCACUCCACCUCACCACCCCCCACGCACCUCGCUGCUGCUGCUGCUGCUGCUGCUGCUGCAGGGUCGGGCCCAGGGGGUGCAACAAAAACAGCAGGCGAUGCGGCAGAGAAGGGAGGAGCAGGAGCAGGGGCAGGAGGAGAGGGGAAGGCAGGGGGAGAGGGAGAAGCGGGCGGUGGCGAGGGGGCGCAGAUGAGGGUGGUGGUGGGCAACUCGUUCCUGCGCGCGGCGCUGCUGCAGCAGCUGGAGGAGGAGUUUGGGCAGAGCGAGUUCUACGUCGUGCGGGGGGAGCGCCCCCAGCGCGGGCCUGAAGCGCUCCUCCUGGUGCGGGCAACAGAGUUGGACGUGGAGGAGUGGGGGCGGCAGGACGAGGCGCGGCAGCUGCAGCAGCUGGAGGCGGCCAUAGGGUUCACGCGGGCUGUGGAGGCAGUGAUGCGCGCCAGCAAGGGGGGGGUGCCGCUGGUGGCGCACAACUGCCUGUUUGACCUGGCGUACCUCUUCCAGCACUUCGUUCGCCCCAUGCCCGACUCCCUGGAAGACUGGCGCCGCCAGUUUCUGGAGGCGUUUCCUGCAGGAGUGUACGAUACCAAGCACCUCGUCACCCACCUCCCCCCCGCCAUCCUCCCCGCCAGCACCUCGCUCUCCUCCCUCUUCGAGUUCUUCUUUCACCGCCCCCCCUCGCCCUCCCAUCCUCUGGAUGCUAAGGAUGAUGGGGGGAAGCCGGGAGGAGGAGAGGGGGGAGGUGAUGGUGGGGGUGGUGGUGGUGGGGGGAUGGGAGACGGGAAGGGACAGCUAGCUGCGUGCUUCCUUGACAUCCCAGUGGCGGUUAGUCGCAGCGAGGAGGGGGAGAAGGUACGAGAGGGCACGACGCGUCAAAACGGUGCGGUGGAAAAGGCAGCAGUGGGAGGCGGCGGUGAGAAUGUGAAGGGAGGAGGAGACGAGACGGAGGGAACGAGGGAGAAAGAGGGCGAGGAGGAGGUGGCGGUGGUGCGAGUGCAGUGGCCGGGAGUGGUGCACAGCAAGGGGUUCAACCGCUACAGGCAUCUGUCGCCAGACAACCCUGCCAUGGCGCAUGAAGCGGGGUUUGAUGCCUACAUGACAGCAGCUGUGUUCGUUGCCAUCUCGUCUCUCCUCACCUCGCCUGCCCUCUCGUCCCAGCAUUCAAAUGUCUUACCCUACACGGCCUUAAUAGCAGCAGCAGAAGCUGGAGCACUAACCCAAUCAACAAAAGCUACUGCCGCAGCACCCACAGCCGCUCGAGGUGCUUCAAGCACCACAACUGCAAUUGCCACCAAUCGUAACAACACAAGCAACACAAGCAACACCAGCAACACCAGCAACACAAGCAACACCAUCCCUUCGACAGCCACAAAUGCAGUCAUGCGCAGCUGCUCCUCCCCAUCGCGCAUCAACCUCUCCACCGCAUCACCACUCUCAACCCAUCGCAACUGUGUCAACGUCAUGUUCUGGGACGUCAGGACCCUCCCACUCCAAGGCCCACUGCCUGCCCCCAACCGCUCCAACCUCUUCCUUCUCUCCGCGUUCGAUGCCCAAUCCACCACCACGUCCUCUCUCAUCAACCUCUUCCAAUCACUAGGGUUGGGGGAGGUUCGGGUGACCUGGGUGGACCGAACCUCAGCAGUGGUUUCUGUUGCUGAUCCGAGCCUGGCGGCAUUGGCGGUGAGUGCAGUGGAAGGGUCUGGGUGGGUGGGGGCGAUAGAGGAAUGGAGGGGGGUGGAGGAAGAGGAGGGGCGGGACAAGGAGACGGAAGGUGGUGAGUGGGGGAAGGAGGUUCGGAGGAGAGAGAGGGAGGCACAGAAGGAUGAGGAAGAGGGUUUUGGGAGGCUGUGGAAGCUUGCUAGGAGGAGAGGAAGGGCGACCGAGGAGGAAGAGGAGACCAAGAAGCAGAAGGGGGCGUGUACAGUGAUGUAAUGCGCAGUUACAGCACAUCUCCUGCACUGACCUGUGACAGUUGAGAAUCGGUUUUAGGGUGUACCGGUACUGACUUGUGGCAACCAGCUCACUCACAUUGACAUGUGAAGCCCCACUUCCCUUCCGUUGACAAUGGCACGUGCUCACUUUUCAUCAGCUGUUGGUAACAAAAUUAAUGAUGUCCAGUCCACCAGCCCCCUAGAUCUCAGCCUACUCAGUACUUACGCUGACUCCGUUUUUUUCCAGAGAUUUUCGAUGCACCAAUGCUGAGUGGGUGGGCUUUUUUUCUCGGAGUAGAAAGUUGACUAGACUGAUGCAUACAGGUGGAUUUUGAGAAAGUGUUGUACCCUCUAAG